AGCUGCAAGUUGAUUAUUGACCCUGCAUUGACGAAAGGACUGUACAAAGUGUAUCGUUACGAUGGACAGCAAUUUAACAUACCCGAUUUAGGUCUGUUUCCUGUAGAGACAGUCAGAGAUCCCCGUGUCUGCCGCCUGUGGAGCAAAUGCAACAAGACUGACCUUUUGAUUUCUAAAUUUAAGGUUGAUGAAUGGUAUGUUGGCCCCGUUCCUCCCAAAGAAGUGACAUUUUCCAGGCUGAAUGACAAUGUGAGGGAGGCGUUCUUGGCUAAUAUGUGCAAUAAAUAUGGGGACAUCGAAGAAGUCAAAAUAUUUUACAAUCCUAAGAACAAGAAGCAUUUGGGGAUUGCAAAGGUCGUCUUCGACACAGUGAGGGCUGCAAAAGAAGCUGUCCAGCACCUCCAUCAGACCUCAGUGAUGGGAAAUGUUAUUCAUGUGGAAAUUGAUCCUAAAGGUGAAAACAGGACGCGAUAUCUCCAGCUCCUCUUACGGGGCCUUUAUACUCCUUGGACGCUGCCAGUGGGCAGCAAUGAGCAAGCUAUUCAAAGCUUAGUCGAGGGUUUGCUGAGCAGCGCAGCCACACAGACACAUCUGAGCAUCUCCAGUCCCACCAGCAUCGCCACCCCCCUCUCUCUGGACACAGCCUACUCCAGUAUUUGGCAGGAUACACCUUGCAGCUUCAGGCUAACACCACAUUCCCAGUGCCUGUCUGCCACUCCUCUGUCCCAGGACUCCUGCUACUCCAGUCUUCAGGCGACUCCAGUCCUCCAGGGGGAGCCCUCCACCUUGAGUGAUCACAAACUUUUAAGACGAGAGCUCUGGCGUCGUAAAACUGAGAGGUAUUGCAGAGGAUCCGGCGAAGUCUCAGAUGUGAACUUCAUUUUGAGGCAAUGCCAACCCCAGCUAGCAGAAUCUUAUUCUACCACAAAACAAUCUAGCAGCCAAGAGUUAGCACUGUGGGGGCACAAUGCACAAUCCCCCAAUCACAGUAAUGCUUCCUUUAACUUUAAGUCUCCCAGUCAGGAGUCCAGAGCUGUGGUCACUGCUACCUCUAAGGAUUUUGAUAGAAGCUCCAGCUCUUUAAGUAUCCUGAGCAUUAAUUUCACAUCUGAAUAUCAGACAGCAGCUUCCUUUCCAUCUAAUGACCAUGCACGCAUUACAGAACUACCCCAAACUGCUGGUAACUCUUCUUCAAGCCCCAGGCCUGAGGUGGAGAGUUUGGACUCUCGUAUUGAGAGUUUGCUGAUAAACAGCCAGAGUACUGACCCGUCCUACUUCUAUAGAAACUCUUUGGAGGCUGAUGUUCACUCUCAGGACAGCCCGACCUCACCUUGCUCCCCUAACGCCUCCCCUUUCUCAGAUGACUCACCUGUUCGCACUCCAACUUCAUGUGACUUCACAACGAUAGAUCAGCGCUCCUUCAAUGACCUCAUUGAAGAUGAGCCAGAUGAAACCACUCAAGCUGUUCUGUUUCUAACAAGAGACUCUCAGCCUCCAUCUGAUUUCACACGUUUUGAAAGGAGGGCUCACGAGCGUCGUUCGAAUAAGGAUUACUCGAAUAAGGAUUACUCGAAUAAAAGAGCGUUCAGAGCUUCAACACCAGCCAGACAGAUCCCUCUCCCUCAGCCUCCAUCCUUUUCUCUCAAUAGCAACACUCAACCCCCCUCCUCCAAAGCUCCUCCUGCUUUUAAAUCAGGGUGCCCCCAUCCACCAGCCACCCGUUUCGCUUUCCCCCUUCCUCCCUUUCCCCCGUCUAUCCCAUCUAUCCCACCUCGCCUGCCUAAUGGCACCAUCCCCAUCCCACCUCCGGGUUGGAUCCCACCUCGGGGCCAUCACCCCGGCAUCUCUAUUCCUCCUCCCGGUUUUCCGCCUCCAUCUUCUAUUCCUCCACCACCAACCUUCCUUGGACCCCCACCUCCUGUGCACAGGUACCCCUUACCUGUUCAUCCUCCAGGCACUUUAGAUAAGGGGAAUCCUCCAACCGCUCCUUUGCAUUUCCCUCGACCUCCAUGGCCUCUACCACCUUUCCCCAGGUUUAACCCCUUUGUGCCACCACCAGACUUCCUGCUUGUGCGGGAAAACCCUCAUAAGGCCACGGUGGAAAAGGUUUUAGAAGUCAUCAUGGAUGAACUGAAGUCGAUUAUUAGGAAGGAUAUUACACGCCGAAUGAUUGAAGGGGUCGCUUUCAAGGCAUUUGAGGACUGGUGGGUAUGUCAAGAGAAGAAAGUAAAGAUACACGUUUCUCCUUUGAAAAGUGGAGCAACAAGUAUUGAAGAAAGGAGCAAACUUAUAAAUCCCCUCUGUCACAUCAGUGGCCAGGGCAAAAAACCUCCACUGCCUUCAUUCAAGGUAAAAAGGAAAAGAGCAGAUGAUACUGUUACGUCAGAAGAGAUAGAAAAUGUGUUGUGUUCUACUCAUGAAAGCUCUGAUGUGAAACAGGGGGAGGACAAAGGGAGUUUGGCAUCUGAGAGAGCCAAACGCAGACAUUCAAGACCACAUGAGCUUGAAAGUGACGAUGAUGAUGAUGAUGAUGAAGAAGGGAAAGACGAAGAUAACACACUUCAAGAUGAGGAAACAACAUCAGAUAAAUUGGAGGCGGUUGUUCCAGUUCAUGAUGAUCCUCAAAUCCUGUGUGACAGAGAUGAUGAUGAUGAUGAUGAUGAUGAGGACAGCAAUCAUCCUGAGGAAGAGAAGGAGUCCGCACAGAAACACACAGAAGAUGAAGAUGCAGUCAUCUUCCAAGCUAGUGAAGCAGUGGCGAGCUUGGAUGGCGAGAGUUUCUCAGAGAGCAGCUCCUCAGAGGACAGUGAGUUCUCGUCAGACUUCGACUCCUCGGACUCCUUCUCCUCUGAGAGCUUCGAGGACUCGUCCUACUCUGAACUCAGCCGUGAAGAUGAAGGCAUGGAGGAGGAGGGCGACAGAAGAGUUGAGUGUAUCUUCAUAUCGUCAGAUGAAGAGUCGAUGGAGCUUGAGCCCCCCGCCAGCCCCUCGGCCCCGCUGACCCCUGGUGCCAAGCUGGAGCUGGAGCUGCAGGAAUGGCCAGAUCCAUAUCACUGGGAGAAAAGAGAGCAGAACCAGUUCCCGUCCUGUCUGGAGGACAUGAUGGAGCUCCAAACCAGCGAACCCCCGGACCAUCUACAGCCCCUCUCACUUUUAGGACUCCCAGCAGUGGGCCAACAUCUUGACGUAGAGAUGGAGAGCCCUCAGUGGAUGUCACGGGGGAACAGAGAAAACCUGAGGCCUCUGACUCCCACUGGCUGCCUGGUGGACAGCGACCCUGACCUUCUGAUGAGGAGCAAACCCACAUCCCCCGCUGUGGAGGAAGAACGACCCCAAACACCAGGCAAGGGCAUAGUGGCCGAACUGGAAAGUGAGGAAUCUACCAAUGAAGUGCUUUCUCCAACAGCCACCGAGGUCGUUUUUUCUCCACUUGCUUUGUACCCUUUAUACCAGGAUAUGCCCAAAACGCCUGGUCGCGAGGAUAGACGAGCAUGGACUCAGUACAGCUCUGCGAGAGCUCCAGCUACACCAGGCAGAGAGACCACCUCGUCAGAAGGUAACACAGUGAUGUUCCCCCAUCUUAGCAGCCCCCUUUCUAGCAAUCCGUAUAUCACAGCCCCAAAGACCCCUGGGAGGGACAUCAUCCUACCCCGGAGAUCCAUAGUCCACAAGAGAAAAAUGGUGACGACCUUACAGCCAAUGUUUUACGAUUCUCUCGGAGGCUCCCCCAUCUCAGUGUCCUCACCAUGCAGCUCCUCUGAGUCUUCUUCUGACUCCGCUCAAGGGAAAAGCAUGUGGGUCAGUUCAGGUGUGAGAAUGAGGCCUUUGCAGGGCCUGGAGAAUAUGCCUGGGCUCCGGGAUGAGGAGAAUAGUAGUAGAGAGAAGGACAAAUCCUUAUUAAAGAGAAAGGAGUGGAGGAAGCGAAAGAGGAGGUGGAGAAUUCUUCAUCGGAGAAGACUUCUUAAAAGAAACACUGGUUCUCUCCACUCUAACAUCGCUUCUGACAGGUGGCGCUCUCUCUCUGAGGAGAGGAGGAUACUUCAUAGUGUUUGGAAGGAGGGUCUGGAUGAAGAAGACACCAGGCUGCUGCAGCGGACAUACGACAGGCUGCAGGCGAGGGAUAAUGGGUUCGGGUGGAUCAGUGACACUCUGUGGAUACCUCACACUUUGACUAAAGUCGUCGCAGAGCAGAGGGACGAGCACAGAUCCUGGUGGCCCAAUCACAGGACCGGCUCUGCUCGCUCUGAAGGAUUCUACAAAAUCAGCAAGAAAGACAAAAUGAAAUACCUCAACCACACAAAGCUGAACCCUGAGCUUCCAUCUACAAGCACUCAGGGAACGAGCAUCCCGGCCCAGCAACAGACCUCACUGCGAGCCGGAUCUGACUUCAGGUCUGAACAGCGUCGCCUGCUCUCCUCUUUCAGCUGUGACAGUGACCUAGUCAAGUUCAACCAGCUGAAGUUCCGAAGGAAGAGGAUUCGUUUCAGCCGGAGUCAUAUUCAUGAUUGGGGCCUGUUUGCGAUGGAGCCGAUCGCAGCAGAUGAGAUGGUGAUCGAGUAUGUGGGCCAGAUCAUCAGACAGAUCAUAGCUGACAUGAGGGAGCAGAGGUACGAGGAGGAGGGCAUUGGCAGCAGCUACUUGUUCCGGGUUGAUCAGGACACCAUCAUUGAUGCCACUAAAUAUGGGAACUUAUCCAGGUUUAUCAACCACAGCUGCAAUCCUAACUGUUAUGCAAAGAUCAUCUCUGUGGAGUCCAGGAAGAAGAUAGUGAUUUACUCCCGGCAGCCAAUAGGUGUCAAUGAAGAGAUCACGUACGACUACAAGUUUCCCAUCGAGGACACAAAGAUCCCUUGCUUGUGUGGAGCAGAUGGUUGCCGGGGCACCUUGAACUAAUCUCUAAUGGAGUGUUCAGAUUUAUGUCAAGAGCCAAAGUUGCCUGAAGUACUGCACAAUCCAAACACAGACCCUGAAGAUUAUUUUCAUGCUGAUUUAUUCUACCAAUGACU